UGUUCUAGACUUUGGACGCUUUUCUCUUCCUUCGCGAUAAUUCUUUUCUUCCGCCACUUCGUCACGGAUAAAAUCCCAGUUACUCUGAUAUCUUGCGCAAGCACUACUUUUAUUCCAUCAACGAGAUCAUCACAGAAUCACUUGUUCAAAAUGGGUGGCCAGAACAGAGAAGGCGGUAAGGUUAAGCCCUUAAAGGCUCCGAAGAAGCAAGGAAAGAAGGAUCUCGACGAAGAAGAUCUCGCCCAAAUCGAGAAGAGAAGAAAGGAGGAGAAGGAGCGCAAGGAACUCGCGGCUAAGGUCGCUGGCGGAAAAGGGCCAUUAAAUACCGGUGGACAGGGAAUCAAGAAGAGCGGCAAGAAAUAAGAGACAUAUUACGAACCUGCGAACCUACGAACCUACAAUUCACUAGAAGUGACGAAAGCUAUGGCACCGAAAGCACUAGGAACAUAGAGCGUGGGCGCUUACGGGAUGGAAUGACUUUUCUUACUACACUCAUGUUUCAUGGGAAUACUCUGGCGCGAUGACUUUUCAAUAUACCUCUAUACUCACAUAUUCCACCUGAUAUGAUACGCCCGCAAAAACACUAGUGAUAUCGUAUUGUAGACCUAUCCUUGGUCCUCUAUAGUCGUCCCAAUGGCAACCGAGGUGAAGGGGACCAAAGGGGGUUGGUCCACCAAGUGAAAUCAGCUGUCAGGCCGUUCACCG